AUGAACUGUUACGCUGCCGGCGAGUUGGGAAAAGUCUCCGGAUCGGAAGAAUAUCAAGAAGCAUUCUUUCGCAUCGACGAGCCGGUGACACAGCGACAAGCCACAUGCACUGUAGAAAAAGAACGCCGGGAUUUUCCUGCAUCUGAGAAGUGUGGUACCGAUGAAAUGAUUGGUUCGUACCGUCCCGAUGUUAUUAAUAGCUUCGGGAUGCUGACUGUUCCACAAGACAUGCAGCCAAGCCAAGGUGGCCGCCUCGAUCGACCACAGCAGAGAUUUGAAAUGAGCGUGCAUGCAGGGAUUGAGGAACACGUGAUGCGUUCAGUGGUGUCGAUCGCGCCAGAGGUCGUCCGCGCUGUCACUAGUCGUGCACGACUCGACGUUGCGAGCCACUUUGAAUCGAUGUGGGCACGAGACUGGUUUGAAACCUUCUUCGGUUCAAGAUGGACACGAGCAGGGUGUGUCGGCAGCUGUCUGACAACGAGGAUGGGAAGGGGACGAGCGAAGGCCGUUGCCAAGGUGUGGCGGCGCUUCCAGAAAGGGUCCAGCUUGGCAACGACCCUUCGGAACGUGGAUUUCGUCAAGAGAGAGAGACCCUAG